UUGUCAACCAAAGUUCAAACACAUUUUCUUGUUCAAAAUAUGUUUCAUCAAGAGGAAACGUCUGUUAAUCGAGAAAAAACUUAUACUAUUUACUGGAAAUUAGGCCUCAGAGGUUUCCAAUUAGUCUUGAAUCUCCUGCUCCUAACUUUCCUGGAAGACCAUCUGGACAACAUGCACCUCUUGAGCUUCGCCGUCUACUCACUAGCAGUUUUAGCUUCCUUAGGGAACUCCGUAAUGAUUUUCUUGUUCCUUCUUCUGCGAUUCGCACGCAAGAUCGACGUGUUCGUAGAAGGUAUCUGGCUCUUUUGUGGAUCCGUUUUUCAUCUUAUUUUUGGUGGAUUGGUUAUGAGCAUUGGCCUGAUCCACGAAUUGCAAUCUGGGUGCAAGAUAGCAGGAGAGUUGAGCCUCCUGGUGGGUUUGACAAUGCUGAUAGAGCCAGUGUCGAUCAUUUUGAAGAGGAGAUUCUGAGCGUUGGAAAUAUACAAUGUGGUUUUGGAUAAUUUUAAGUUGUUGAAUGUAUGCUGAAGUAGUCGUAUCAAAUUGUCAAACUAAACUUUUACUAUUAGAUGUCAUACACAUUAAAAUUAUAAUAUAAAUACACUCAGAC